AUGGGGGACACGGCUCCCCCGCAAGCCCCGGCGGCUCUGCUGGGCGGCGGCGGAGGAGGAGGAGCGGCGGCCGCGGCGGGGCCGAGGGUGCACAGCGCGAUCGUGGAGCGGCUGCGGGCGCGCAUCGCCGUGUGCCGCCAGCACCACCUGAACUGCGAGGGGCGCUACGAGCGCGGGCGGGCCGAGAGCUCGGACCGCGAGCGGGAGAGCACGCUGCAACUCCUCCACCUCGUGCAGCACGGCCAGGCGGCGCGCAAGGGCGGCAAGCACGCCAAGGCGGCGGGGGCAGCGGCGGCGGCCGCCGGCAAUAACAGCAACAGCGGCGGGGCCUCGGCGGCGGCCUCCAACGCAACAGCGCCCCCUCCGGCGGACUACUAUCAGCAGCAGCUGCUCAGCAACGGGACUGCUGGUGGCGGCAGUGGGAUCAACGGCGGGCAGCACAGCGCAACGGCGGCGGGAGAACAGAGGAACCCGGCUCUCCUGGCGCUUCAGGGUUCCUUGAAGAGAAAACUGGUAGUAAAUCUUUCACCAGCCAUCAACAAGAGAUCUAAUGGCAUUGCUGAUAGCACCUUCCUUGAUAUCAAGAGGGUCCGAGUGGGAGACAACAAUCUUUCUGCGGCACAAAGCGGGCACUGUGGUAACAACUGCCCUAACCAAUCACUGUUGGGAAAUUUGACAGUUGGACAAAGUUCUCAAAGGAAAGUCAACAGCCCAACAAGUAAUGCCCAAGCAAAUGCAAAUGGGAUGUUUAACAUGGCUCUAAAAGAAGUCAAGAAAGAACCAGGGGAAACCUUCUCUUGUAGCAAACAUCUGGAUGGUCAGCCAUCACAGGGCAAUACUUUCCCCAACAGGUAUGGAGAAGAUACAGGUGAACAACUGAUGGAUCCAGAACUUCAAGAGCUGUUCAAUGAACUGACUAAUAUUUCAGUGCCUCCCAUGAGCGAUCUUGAACUGGAGAAUAUGAUCAAUGCAACUAUCAAGCAAGAUGAGCCAUUUAAUAUAGACAUUGGGCAGCAGGUCCAGAGAGCGCCCUCAGCCAGAUCUUCUUCACUGCAGAUGGACAAAAUAGUGAUCAAGCAAGAAUAUUCCCCAGUUAUGAACCAAGGUUCUGUGGGAUCACCUCAGAUGAGACCUUCUUCUACGGGUCCAGCCUUCACAAUGUCCAGUUCUGCCUUGUCUGCCUCGUCACCAAUUCCUUCAACACCCCAGACUCAAACGCCUCCAUCUCAGAUGUCUUCAGUUUCCAACCGACCCAUGCCCAGCUGGCAAGAAGUUUCUCACGCCCAGCAACUGAAACAAAUAGCUGCCAAUCGGCAGCAGCAUGCCUUGAUUCAGCAAAGCCAGCCGUCCACCUGGCCCACAUUGCCAUCCGCAGAAUCUUCCCCAGGACCGUUUGUCCAGGAGAAGAUGCCAAACUCUUCUUUCCAUCAGCAGCAGUUCAGCUCACAAAGUUCUGGAAUGCCUGGAAUUCCAGUAAAUGGGAAUCAGUCAAAGGGGAUGAACAGCUACAUCUACAGGACAACCUCCAUGCCCCAGGGAAGCUCCAUCAACAUUGUAAUGCAACGGAAGGCUCAAGACCUCAACCGAGGUUACAUCAGCAAUGCCCAGCUGCCACUGGAAGAGUCUCAGAACAGUGUAAAGCCUUUGUUCCAUUUUAACUCGGAGCAAGUAAACCAGCAGAUGCCUUCUGUUUUGGGGGCCCAGAACAAGCCUACCAUUCUGCACUAUACACAGCAAGCAGCCCAACAACAACAGCCUAACUCAGCAGCUGUGCAACCACAGACACAGCAGCAGCAACAACAACCACUGCAGACACAACAGCAGCAACAACCCUCCCAAGCUCUCCAAAGCCAGCCUCUUCAAAGGCCUCCAAACAUACCCUUAGCUUUACAGCAAAAGAUAAUGCUCCAGAAGAUGUUGAAAAGUCAACCGGUUGCGGGAAUGCAGUAUCCUGUUCCAUCACAACAUCAACUGGAUCAACACUCUGUCAUCGGCCAAAGCGCAGAGCCUAGUCCAGGAUCGGGUACUUGUUCCAAUGCAAACACUGGAAGCAGUUUCAUGAACUCACCUCAGCAAGCAUUGCUGAAUCAGCAGCUGAAACAACAGCUCCUUCUGCAGCAUCAACAGCAGCAGCAGCAGCAGCAGCAGCAGAUACUAACCGAAGCAGAGAAAAUAACUCCUCAAGAUCAAUUGAACAGGCAUUUGACGAGGCCACCCCCGGAUUAUAAGGACCAAAGAAGAAACCAGGUCAACAUCCAGCAAACACAUCAGUAUUCAGGUGGAGCCCCUGCCAUGAACAUCAGCGCCAGCAUGUGCUUUCCCAGCCCCAUUUCAACGCCCAGCAUCUCCCAGCAGGCUUCUACUCUUCUCGCUGCCGCUCACGGAUCCAGGAUGCCUUCUCACCCGGCCACUCGCCACGUGGGCUGCUACGGGACCAUUCCUUGCAGUCAACCGAGCGUGUACACCGUGACGACAUCUGGGGCGAGUCAGGUCCCGCAGCACAGGAACCCAAACCAAAUCAUCCCCAAUCCAAACAGUUCUGCAACGUCUCGGCAAGCACUGCCCGGGCAAGGAAAUAACCUGUCGGCAUUCGAGAGCAGCUCUGGAGUUAAUUCCCAGGCAGGGAAACUCAGCUUUAACCCAGGGACCUCUGGGCAAAGACCUUUGAACGUGAUGGUCACCACUAGUUCUGCCAUUCAGAACUGGAUCGCUCAAGAAACAGGGGGGAAGCCACAGGACACGCAAAAGGUACUGGGAUCUCCUUUCCCUGUGGGUAGCCCGUAUCCAAAUCAGCCGCUACAGCGUGCUGUCGCCCACCAGCAGUUUCUGCAGCGUGCCACAGUGCCUCCUAACCCCUUAGGUGCCGUCCAGAUGAGAACACCAGUGAACCAUAGUUUGAAUGGGCAGAUGGUGGGGUCUCAGAAAGCCCCGAGUGCAAGGUCUACCCAGGUACGGGCGCAGGCCAUGCCACACCUAAAUCCGCCCGCGGCAAACGUGACGCCCCCAAGCCCUUUGCUGUCUACCCAUUUCCCAACGAGUACCAACCAAACCACGGCCAGAGUUUUCCAAGGAAGUGACCCGGCAAACGAUCUGGCGUUUGACUUUCUCAGCCAGCAAGGUGACAGCAUUGGGCCAGCACUCAACAGUGAUUCAGACUUCAUUGAUUCUUUGUUGAAAACAGAGCCAGGGAAUGACGACUGGAUGAAAGACAUCAACUUGGAUGAAAUCUUAGGGGGCCAUUCGUGAGACAGAGGAGCGGACGAUCAUAAACUCUCACAUGCUCUUUUUCUGCCCCUAGAGGCUCAAAUGUCUUAAGUUUCACUGGUUUUGUAGAGGAGCAUUUAAAAAAAAAAAAAGGACUCUCCAAAUGGUUGAGGGGCGCCUCCUUGGGAGUGUGUGGUUUACAGUGAAAAACCAAAUACGAGAGAUUAACAUGAUCGUCUGAACACAUAACUUGCUUUAUGAAUCCGAAAUGUGGAGGCUAUUACAGGCAUCUAGAGUGGAGAAAAAAUGCAGGAGUGAAGAAAUAUACCUUUUAUUCUACUAAUAGCUGUAGUUUUGUAUUAUUAUUGUUGUUAUUAUUAUGUUAUUUUGUUAUUGUUAUUAUUAUUAUUAUUGCAAACAAAAAUAUUGAAGAGUGAAAAAAGGCAGCCUGAACCACAUUCAGCCUAAGGAUGUUUCACACUUCUUAGGAAGAGUCAGCAGAUAUCAGAGAAUCCAACACCUCUUUGCCAUGCCCUUCAUGAAAUGAUGUAUUUGUCUGCCCCAGGGC